UGUUGUGAUAUUACAGUACAUUAUAUUAUCAAAAAAAGUGAAGACAAAUAUCAGCAAAGAUGAGACAAUUAAUUGGAUCAAUGAUUAAGCAAAAUGUCUUGAUUUGGUUCAAUAAUGAUAUGACUUAUUGUCGCCAAUUGAGACCACUGUUGGCCACCAGUUGUGUCCAAAAAGUGUAUAAAUCUUCACUAACCCCGUCUACGAAAACUGUGGACCAAUUAGUGGUUAAUAAGAAUAUGUCUUUGCGAUACUGUCAUCCGCGGUCGGUGUCCACCAAUAACACAAUGGAUAACAAGUCGGCAACCAUUGAACGGCCAGCAGUGCGACCACUGGUCGUAUUUUUUGCGUGGAUGUUAGCUAAGGACAAACACAUCGAAAAGUACCGAAACUUAUACUUUAGACGCGGUUUCGAUGUCCUGACCGUCAAAACGAGUCCUUUUGAGUUAAUGUUCCCGACUAUUGGCUCACAACGUAUUGCCGCAAGUGUCGCGGAUUUUCUUAAUCAAAAAGUCACCGAAUAUCCCGAAGUUGUUGUCCACGCAUUUUCUGUGGGCGCCUAUCAGUUCGGGGAAGUGUUGGUUCAAAUGGAGAAACAAGAAAAUGAAAAAAUAUUGCCCAAAAUGAAGAAAGCCAUCAAAGGUUUAAUCUGUGAUUCAGCCGCCGAUUUAGAGGCUAUUCCUAAUGGUUUGUCUCGUGCUAUCACUAACAACAGUGUCUUAAGAGUAAUAUUUCGUACUAUGAUUGCCACUCAUAUGAAAUUGUUUUACUCUGUGGCCACCAAACACUAUAUGGCUUCUUCUGAAGCCUAUAAAAAUAAUGUCAUUCGGUGUCCGAGUCUUCUGUUUGUGUCCAAUGGAGACGUUGUGGGCACUCCUGAGUCUAAUCGUCGUGUUAUGGAUAGAUGGCAUCAGAAGAAUAUUGAUGUCAAAUGGAUUUGUUUUGAUAAGUCAUCACAUGUGGGACAUCUGUAUAAGUAUCAGGAAGAGUAUACCAAUCAAUUGGACUCAUUUCUCAAGAAUAUUGAUCUUUAAUUGUGAAGUCGACAACAGUUUUUCAAUACAUAUUAAUUGAAUCAUUGAAUCGAUUAGUUUAUCAAAAAGGGUUAGACUUAUGAAUAUAUAGUACAAUAUAUUGGAAACUCAUUAUACACUUGUCUUUCACUAAAU